CGGGCUACCUACUUAACCUAACCUGUAUUAUCGGACUUUUGGGAAUCCACGCAGCAUCAAUCCAUAGCAAACCACAGACUAUCAACCGUGACUGUUUUAAUAUCGCCGAUUAUCCCAAUACUUUAUACCUAGGACUAUAAAAUACAUUACUAGCACUAUGUUCGAGGUCCCUGAUGCAAAAAGAAUUCGGCGGGAGGAAUUAUAUGAUUCCACCUCAGAUGAGGAACCAUCACACGAUGAACAAUGGGAUUUAACAUUACGCGAGAAACUGAAUGCGCAGUUCUCUGGAUUACUGGAUCUUAGCUCUGUGACAGAUGGAGCUGCCGAAGCACAACAGCUCCCAGGAUCUCAAGCAGAUGAUGCGGAUGAUGCGGAUGAUGCGAAUGAAAAUCCUAAAGACGAAGAGAAUUCCGAGAAGCCUCAAGAAGAGGCCUUCACAUUCAGGUUAUUUCGGGAUGAGGAACCUUCUCGGAAAGUAAUACUUGAACCUCAAAAUGCGAGUAUGGAAAAGGACGGCAACGGCGCCUUUGUAGUUGCUAAACGGCCAAUCUCAUAUUAUUCAUCUGGGGAACCAUCGCCUGAAGCUACGAGCAGAUUUAGGGCAGCCGCUGUCAGUGCCGAUUACCUCUUCCAAGAUUCAAGAGUGAGGCGAUGGGGGCUUGAGAAGCCAUGGAAAGUGACAACUAUCACCAUCACUACAAAUAAGAAGAUAGCUACCCCGAGUGGUUCUGCUAGUGGAAAUACAACUGCAGGCAUAGAGAAGAAGAAAAAGAGGCCGGGAAAGAAGCGAAGAAUAAUUCUAAGAACGCGGGAAAAGGUAAAGAAGGAACGGGAGGAAGCUGCAAAACGACAACUAAUAGAGAAGGAAGAGCAUUUGAAAGACAAGAAGAAAAGGCUUAAUAAACUGAAAAAGCUGAAGCGGAGAGCUAAGGAAAAGGAAAAGAAACAAGGUAUGAAAGUCGACGCGGCUUCUGAGCAUAAUAGUAGGGAUAGCUCAGACAGGGAGGAAUGAUCAUGCUGCUAUUGAGUAUAAAGAGGUAUCUGAUGAUGGCAAACCGAAGAAUGUUGAUAGGAUACCUAAUACAAGAAUAAACUAGAAACUGUUAUUAUUAAGGUCUCUACUCGAAGAGGCUGUUACUUAAGACAGUCAGUCUCCUAUGGAACUGCACUUUACCAGGUACCUAACGGGAGGUACCUCUUUAGGUCUUAGGUAGCCCGUACAGGUAUGUUACAUGUAGGAGGUACCUAAGGUACCUAUUAUGAGCU